CCGGGCGUUGCACUAGCGGCUCGCCGGCUCCACCGAAACUUUUGCUGCCAGUGUGCCUCUGCUGUGCCAGCGAACAAAUCGCAAUCGCAUCGCUCGCUUAGAACCAUGGGUGUCUCAAAGAAGAGCACCGGUGCGCUUGCACCCGCCGACCACAAGGCGUUUGACCCGAGCCUGGCAUCGCUGUUCGCAAGCAGUUUGGGACCAGUCAAGCCUCCGCCAAAGUCGCGAUACCAGGAGCUCGUCAAGCAGCAUACCGGAGAGGACUCCAGCGAAGACGAAGACGACAACGAUGCUACUUUAUCCUCCGCGAGCGAAGACAUGGAUGAUUCGGAGCAGGAUGGCUCCCACGUGGACAUUGAAGAGCCUUCGACAGACGAUGACGGAGAGCCCGAGAACGAGGCUGCGCUAGCACAAGUCCAUGAAUCGGCCGCGAAUGGCGCGCACGAGCGCUCGAACAAGAAGCGAAAGCGGGGUGCCAAAGACGACGACGACGUCGAGGAUGUGUACAUGCAAAAGAUCGCACGGGAAGAGGCCAAGGACGAAGAGGAGCGCAAGAAGAAGCGCAAGACCAAGGCCGUCAAUGUCCACGGCAGCGACAAAGACGACGAGUCCGACCAAGAGACCUUUACGAUACCGAAGCACGAGACACUGGCGGGAGCGGACGGUACCGACGAUGAGGUUGAGAAGGCUGCCCGCACUGUCUUCCUGGGCAACGUCUCCAAUGAGGCCAUUACGUCAAAGUCCGCAGAGAAGCAGCUGAAGCAGCACCUCUCGUCAUUCAUAGCAGACCUGGCCGACAACAAGCCACCGCACAAGGUGGAAUCCAUCCGUUUCCGAUCCGUCGCAUUCGCGGGUGCGCUGCCAAAGCGAGCUGCCUUCGCAAAGAAGGAGAUCAUGGAUUCGACCACAAAGUCCACAAACGCAUAUGUCGUCUACUCAACCAAAAUCGCCGCACGUGAGGCUGCCAGACGUCUCAACGGCACGGUUAUUCUCGGUCGGCAUUUGCGCGUAGAUUCGAUUGCGCAUCCGGCCAAGGUCGACCAUCGCCGCUGCGUCUUUGUAGGCAACCUAGGUUUCGUUGACGAUGAGAGCAAAUUGCCAACCAGUGAUGACAAACCAAAGAAGAGCAAACCCCCAGGUGAUGUGGAAGAAGGCCUCUGGGUUCAAUUCUCGAAAGCAGGCAAAGUGGAAAGCGUGCGCGUACCCCGCGACGCCAAAACAAGAGUUAGCAAAGGCUUCGCUUACGUGCAGUUUGAGGAUGAGAAUGCUGUGGAAGCAGCGCUGCAAUUCAACGACCAAAAGUACCCGCCCCUCCUACCCCGGAAACUGCGAGUUACCAGGGCAAGGGCGCAGAAGAAGAAAGACAAGAAGCCUGCGGGUCCUCCGCCUUCAAAGGCCGAUGACGCGAAACCCAAGGGUGCAUAUAAUGCCAAGAUCUCGGCCGAGGAGAAGUCGCAGCGUGGACGAGCUAGUGCGAUGCUCAAUAAGGCAGCGAAAUUCAAGACUGCGGAGUCAUUUGUGUUUGAGGGCCAUCGGGCGAGUAGCAAGCAGGGCAAGAGCGGGUUGAAGCUAGGCGGGAAGACGAGCAGCAAGAAGGGGCCAAACGGUCGCAAGUCAAGGAGCAAGGCGUGGAAAGCUACCGGUGGGAAGAAAUAGGUAGCUCUGUUUGUCCUCGACUCCCAACUAAUUCGAAUGUCGUCACGACAGCCCAGCUUAUCAAAUGACUGGCUCACACCACAUC